CGGACAGAGAGGACAACCCCUUCCAGAUUGAGGCACAAUACGCGAAAAAGAACGUGCUCCAUGCUGAUAAAAUGUGUGUUAUUCCAGAUAACUAUUUGGCACACGUUACAAUUGCGGGGGGUGCCCCGAACCAGGAGCUGUUCAUCGAAGGAGGUCUUUGCGAACGAGGUCCAACCAUCCCGAAAUGCGUCGUCGCCAUGGACGGAGAGGGAAAAACAGUUCUGCCUGUCUUGAACAUGACGGGGCAGACGUUGGCGAUCAGCUCCGGAGACACCGUCUCCCGUGCAGAGGCCUGCGAGGAAGAAACAUCGCGGCACGAGGUCAACGAGGAAGUGGUAACACCAGAGGAAGUCAACACCGAUCUCACGGGCGAGGAAGCGGAGAAACUACUGGUUGUAUUAAAUGAUAACCGCGAUCUAGUAGCGCGAACAUUGAGGCAGGUAGGCAAAGCGAAUCGAACAACUAUGCGUAUCGAGCUUGUUUCAGAUAAACCCGUAAUUUACCGACCAUACCAAUUGUCAUACUACGAAAGAGAGAAGUUAAAGGAUAUGAUUAUUGAGUUAAAGGCAGCCAAUAUUGUUGAGGAUAGCACGUCGCCGUUUGCUAGUCCAGUACUGUUGGUUCGGAAGAAAAGCGACGAGAUACGCAUGCGUAUCGAUUAUCGCGGCGUCAACAAAGCUACCGUAAAAGAUAGCAUGACUGUAGACGAAGGACUGACUCGGUUGAGCGAAGUAUUUGAUGCCUUUAGAAAUGCUGGUCUAACUAUAAAUUUAAAGAAAUGUAAUUUUUUAAAGUCACAAAUAGAGUAUCUAGCUUUCGAAAUAUCGAUAAUAGGCAUACAGCCUAGCGAGCGAAAAUUGGAAAGUGUAAGUGCCGACACUAAUGAGACUGAGAGCUGUCUGACAUCUGCGUCAAUAUUCACUCAUAACUUAUUUUCUUCAGGAUUAAAAUCACUGUCAGGUGAAGAAGUCACUCGUAUCUUUUCAGAGUUGAGUAUUGGUACUCAAUUACCUGUAAUUAAUCAAGCUUUGCUUUUAUUAAAUAUAACGCCGUUGAAUAAAUAUGCAAUAAACGAUCCAUCUUAUUUAAGUAGCAAAUAUAAUGAUAUUUGUUCUACUUGUGCGAGACUAUUGAGUUUAGAUAAUGAAUGUAACCAUUACGAGAAUUCACUUAAUUACCAGAACAUUCUAGAAAAUCUUAAAACUAAAUUUGAUGAUCCAACUACUAAUCGAACUGAAAAAUUACAAAUUUUGACACUAUUGCCUUCUGAUUGGAGCAUCCAAAUGAUUUGUGACGUUAUGGGUGCUACAAAACAUAUGGCAAUAGUAUCAAAACAUUUGAAAGAAAAUAAAGGGAUUUUGUCGAUGUCAGAAAGAAAAAAAGGACGACCCUUAACUAACGAAAUUAAAUCCAAGGUUAUAGAAUUUUAUCAAAGGGAUGAUAUUAGUAUAAAUUUACCUGGCAAGAAAGAUUUUGUUUCUGUUAAAAGAGGUGAAGGACAAAGAGAGCACAUCCAGAAAAAACUUAUCUUAUGUAAUUUAAAAGAAUUGUAUCAAACUUUCAAGGAACAAUAUCCAAAUGAACUGAUAGGAUUUUCUAGUUUUGCAUCAUUAAGACCUGUGCAUUGUGUACUUGCCGGAUCUGUUGGCACUCAUACUGUUUGUGUUUGUGCUAUCCAUCAAAACGUCAAACUCAUGAUGUUAGGUUCUAAUUUACCAGCUUUAACUGGUCAUCUAACAGAUCCUUUAAUGCACUUUAGUGAUUGCUUCAAAAUUAUCUUAUGUGCCAAUCCAUCAUCUGAUUGUUACUUAUCAAAGUGUAAGCAUUGUCCCGAGAUUGAUGUUCUUCAAAAUGUCUAAG